ACCACUUUUAUACGCUGCACGCAUCUAUCUUACAAGACACAAGCAACAACAAGGAGGGUUCCACACAGAAAACACACACAAGCCACAAAGAAUCACAUCCAUGGCUUUCUUUCCUCAGAUCUGCAACUGUUUCAAGCUUAAUAUGCCAGAAAAAAACAAGCUUUAGAGGUGCCUAACUUGUUAUUUCUUUUUGUUUUUUGGAACACUCUAUGUAUUCAGUGUUCAUCAAUAAUUUAGAAUAUCCCAAGAAAAAAGAAUAAAAAUUGAGCUUUUUUCCACCCAAAAUUUGUUCUUUUUUGUGUUUGUUCUUUUUCGGGGGUUAAAUUUGCUUAAUUUCUAAGCUGGGUUUCUGGAUUUGUAAACCCAUUUGUGAAAAAAUUCCAGCUUUCAAAUCAGUUCUGGGUGGUGGGUGUGGGGAACAAAGGUGCUACCUUUUGAAAAACUGGAGUCUUUUGGGUGGUUGGUUUUGUGGUCACAGUUAUUGUUCUUCUGCUUGGCAACUUUCUUAGAUGAAGGCCAUGCCCUUGCCUUUUGAGGAAUUUCAAGGGAAGGGAGUGUUGGAUUUUGCUUCAGCCUCAGAUUCAUUUUCACUGCUUUUGCAUCAUCCACAAAAGUGGACCAUAGACAAAGAGGAUUAUUGCUAUGUGGGCACUGAGUGCACCUCACUUCUUGACUCCAGAAGAAGCCCAAGCUCUCUUACUUGUUCGUCUACAAUGUCCUCUUCUCUUGGCAGCAACAACAGCAAUAGCAAGGGUGGUAGUGGUUCAGCCAACAACACCACUGUUUCAGCCCCUACAGUCUCUGAGAACCCUCCUCAGGAAUCCUUGGAAACCAGCCCAGAAAAAUGUGGGAUGAGAAUGGAGGACUGGGAGGGUCAAGAUCAAUCUAUUCUCAGGUUAAUCAUGGGUGAUGUUGAAGACCCUUCUGCAGGAUUGAACAAGCUCUUACAAAGCAGUGGCUGUGCCUCUCAAAGUGUUGAUUUCAAUGCAGGUUUUGGUGUUGUGGAUCAAGGGUUGAAUAAUAUGCAGCAAGAGUUUGGAGUGGUAGAUGAGAAACCUCAAGUCAUCAAUCCUCAGUUUAUGUUGAACCAGAAUCAAGUUCAGUUCUCUGAAAAUCCCUCUUUCUUUGUACCAUUGAUGUACCCUCCAGUGCAAGAGCAACAAGUGUUCUCUCAGCAUCAAGCAAAACGCCCCCUUUUUGAUCCUGUUGGGCACAAUUAUCAGGUUCCAAGGUUGCCCCUUUUGGAUUCAGGGCAAGAACUGUUUGGUAGGAGGCAACAAACACAGCUUCCAUUGUUUCCUCAUCAUAUCCAACCAUCACAACAACAACAAACAUUGGUUAUGCCAUCUGCUAAACCGCAGAAGGUGAGUUCCACCGGAGAAGAUUCAAACCACCAGCUUCAGCAGGCCAUCUUUGAUCAGUUAUACAAAACUGCUGAGCUGAUAGAAGCUGGUAAUCCGGUUCAUGCGCAAGGGAUAUUGGCGCGGCUCAAUCACCAGCUCUCACCAAUUGGUAAGCCUUUUCAGAGGGCUGCUUUCUACAUGAAGGAAGCCUUGAUGUCACUGCUUCAUUCAAAUGUUCAAAAUCUUUUGGCUUUCUCACCCAUUAGCUUCAUAUUCAAAAUUGGAGCUUACAAGUCCUUUUCUGAGAUAUCACCUGUUCUUCAGUUUGCCAAUUUUACCUGUAACCAAGCCCUCAUUGAAGCUGUGGAGAGGUUUGAUCGAAUUCACAUUAUCGAUUUUGAUAUCGGGUUUGGAGUGCAGUGGUCAUCAUUUAUGCAAGAGCUUGCCUUGAGAAAUAGUGGUGCCCCUUCACUCAAAGUUACUGCUGUUGUGUCACCCUCAACCUGCGAUGAGGUUGAGCUCAAUUUCACCCGAGAGAAUUUGAAUCAACAUGCCAAAGACAUCAAUAUGUCGUUCGAGCUCAAUGUUUUGAGCAUUGAGUCAUUUAAUUCCCCUUCUUGUCCCCUGCUUGGUCAGUUCUUUGACAAUGAGGCAAUUGCUGUGAAUAUGCCAGUUUCAUGUUUCACAAAUUAUCCAUCCUUGUUUCCUUCAGUUCUCCACUUUGUAAAGCAGCUUAGGCCAAAAGUGGUGGUCACUUUGGAUAGAAAUUGUGACCGAAUUGACGUAUCACUUCCCAUCAAUGUAGUCCAUGUUCUCCAAUGUUAUUCAGCCUUGCUCGAAUCACUCGACGCAGUAAAUGUGAAUCUUGACGUCCUCCAAAAGAUUGAGAGGCAUUUCAUCCAACCAGCCAUCAAGAAAAUUAUACUUGGCCACCAGCAUUCUCAAGAAAAAUUGCCUCCAUGGAGGAACCUCUUUCUACAAUCUGGAUUCUCUCCAUUCACAUUUACUAACGUCACGGAAGCUCAAGCUGAGUGUUUAGUUCAGAGGGCACCUGUAAGGGGAUUUCAUGUGGAGAGAAAGCCUUCAUCUCUUAUUCUAUGCUGGCAGCGAAAGGAACUUAUCUCAGUUUCAACUUGGAGAUGCUGAGCAGCAACUAAUUAUUACCUUGUAUUUUCAAAGGUGCAUGGUAACUUACAUUGCAGUUUAUGUAAUUGUUUGUGAAAUUUAGGCUUAUUGAUGAGAUCCCCAACACCCAAAUGUUUUCUUAACUAAAUGGGUACUAGUAUGUCACUUUGAAUAUGGGUAGUAAUUAUGCCUUUCCCCACUUCCAUCAUCUAAGAUGGGUAACUGUUUCUGUUAUCUUGAACACAAAGCAAAUUGCUUAGUAAGAAAGGAACGAUUAAGCCACAAUGCUGUCUCCUUUUUUGCUCUCAUACAUAGUCUAGUCUAGUCUUUCAUUAUUACUGUGUAACAAGUUGAAUUUGGGAUACAUGAUUUUAAUAUGCAGCAUGAAAAUAUUAUGUAUGUGUGCAGGUGUUUAGUUAUCUAGGACAUUGUAUUGAAUCUUGUUGAACUUUGAAAGAUUCAAUUGGGUAUUUGUCCAAAAUGUGUGAUUGGUUUGAAUUAAAAAUAGGGGAAGACAAAUAAUUGGUUCAUAUUGUAGUCUUUAAGGAAAGACACCCAAGAUAAAUUCUUGUAUAAUUAACAUGUACUUUUGUUUAUAAUUUAAGAAUUUGACAUGAAUAUAAAACUUGGUGAUAAUUUU